CACAACAAAAACACUCUUUUAUGCGGGUCCCACAAUCAACUGUCAUGUACUACACUAUGACCAUUUUUUAGUGUCACCCAACAACAUUGUAAACCUCUCCACUUUCACUUUCCUUCCCAUAGUAUCCAACCAACAAAUUCUCUCUCUUUCUUUUUCUCUUUUCAUCCACUUUUUCUCAAUAUUCAAUGGCUACCCUUAAUUGAAUUAUGCCUUAAACAAUCAUGGGUCGGUGUUGAAUUACCAUAUUUUUCACUUUUUUGCUGUAUUAGAGAUGCCAAGUUGAUAAAGUUUGAUUUUUUUCAUCUGGGUGGUGAAUAAUUUGAUGCUAAUAUUCUCUUUGAGUGAAUGUAGUUUUUCAAAAAGAAUUUUGUUUUGUUUGUGAAAAUUGAGUUUAGAGGGCCACAAGUUUUUUUUUUUUUUUUUUUUUUUUUUUUUUUUAUGAUUCAAUUUUGGUUUUUAUGGUGUAACUUGAGAGAGAAUUUUCAAUUGUGUGUUGAGAGUUUUGAAUUACAACAAUUUGGUAAGAAUUGAUUGGAAUUUGAAUGAUCCAUGAGCUCUUGUUUCAGUGGCUGAAUUUUGGGAGAUAAGAAGAAUAUGCACCAUUUGUUUGUGGAAAUGACUCAAUUAUUCAACAAAAGUGGAGAGAAUUAUGCUUGAAUUGGUGAUUGUGGAAAUUUGGAUUUGAUUUGAGUAAUUUGAAAGUUUUUUUUAGGAUAAGCUUUAAUUGUGAUUUUAAAACUUCUUCAUCAAGUUUUGAUCAUUGACAGAACAUUUAUUGGAACAAAAGGGGAAUCAAUGAGCUGUGUGAGUCUUUGAUUCUUUUUCAAAGAAAAAGUUGAACCUUUAUAGCUAUCUAUCAAUCUAUCUUAGUUGGCCUUUUUCUUAGAGAAUAUCAAGAUUUCUGGAAUUUUCAGCUUUAUAUGUGGAACUGCAUAAUUCAUUGGUAUUUGAUACCUUAUCCUCCAAAGGAAGCUAAAAUGGCUUGAGCUUUACACAAUUGGGAAACUUGAGGGAUUGAAAUUGGAACUGUUUGAUGCUUCAAGAGUAGAUUCAUCAGGCUGCAUCUUGUUUUUUAUUCCUUCACCAUGUUGAGUCCAAAAGGCUAAGAAUCAGAGGAUUGCAAUCUUGCCUUUGAUGUGUAGACCGAAACAACCUUAGAACUGUUAGAAAAAGAGGAUAGGAAGAAGUGAAGUGUGCUCAAUCAUCAUGGCAAAGAAGUCUCAAAGACGCGCUGUGCGGUAUGAGAAAGAUAAGGCGGGCUGUAUGUGGGGAUUUAUUAGCAUGCUUGAUUUUCGCCAUGGUCACUCUACUAGGAAGUUGAUUGCGGAUAAGAGACGAAGCAGCAAGCACUCUGAAGGUGUUGUGCAUUCUAAGAAUAAGUUUGAGGCGUUGAGCGAUAUGGAUGAAGUUUGUCAUGGCACUUUUGACGGUGGAGAGAGUAAAAGACCAACAGUGAGAACUAUUGUUAAUAAGCCUAGUGUGAAGAAACUCAUAGAAGAAGAGAUGUUCACUGAUCAAAAUGCAAUGAAGGAUAUAGAUAAUUCUGAAAGGCGUGAAGUCUUCCUGAAGUUAGAUUCCAAAAGGAAAAAGAAAUCUUCCGAGAGAAAACGCAAUAUUGCCGAUGAUUUAAAUUUGGAUGCAGCAUCGAAAUCUGAAACUUUGCAUCAUCAGCACUCAAGGAAGCAAUUUAAAGAUAAUCUUGAUGUGGAUACAAUAAUUGAAGAGUUUUGUAAUCUAAGAGGUGUUUGUUCCAUGAUGCGUAGCGAUGAUGGAGAAGUAGAAAAGCAUGGCCAACCAAACCAGAAACAGAAGCAUGUUGUGUCCGAAAAACAUUCAAGAGAUGCGAUUCGUGAAUUUGUGAAUCAGAUGAUAUUGAACGGCAAAGAUCUGGAGGAAGCUAGAAAGUUUCUCUUCUCUGAUGAAAUAAUGGAAGCACUUCAGCUUAUAAGUUCAGAUAAGGAAUUGUUUCUUGCAUUUCUACAAAAUCCAAAUCCACUUGUAUUGAAAUGUGUUCAAGAGUUUGAGAAUUCUCAUCGAGUGAAAGACAACGAUUCCAACUUCUCGGAACAAGAUCAUGGAAAUAAAGAACAAACCAGUGAGAUUGUUAACCACAAGAAGCAUAACUUUUUCAGGAAAAAGGUGAAGUCUCAAUCGAAAAAUUCAACAAAUGAAAAUGUAAAUACCAACAUUUCAAAUAGAAUUGUCAUUCUAAAGCCGGGAUCAAUUGGAUCAGAAAAUUCCAAAACUGGAAAGAACAUUGCCUCAUCUCUAGAUUCUCAUGAUACUGUCGAGUACAAUUCUCCUUCUGUGAGAGGUAGUUCACAUUUUUCUCUUACAGAAAUAAAAAAGAAAUUAAAGCAUGCUAUAGGAAGGGAGAGACAUGGAAAAGCCAUUGGUAAAGACAAUGUCGGAAUGAGAUCUCCUAAUAAAGAUCAUUUCUUUAUUGAAAAAAUCGCAAGGCCUUCAGCCGGUGUUACUAAAGGAGACAAGACUGGUACUAAUAAAGAUUUGGAAGCGAUUGUGGAGCGUGAAAAGGGUAUUUAUCCGAAACAAGGUGUUUCUAAUUUAUAUAUUGAGGCUAAGAAACAUCUGAGCGAGAUGGUAGGUAAUGAAGAUGAGAACAUAAUGGACUUGUCAAGUAGGCAAAAUUCCAAAACCCUAGGAAGAAUAAUAUCGUUUCCUGAUUACAACUUUUCUCCACUUAGUAGUCCUAGAAGGGAUUGGGAGGAUCAUUUUGUGACCGCAAAAACAAGACUUCGUGAUGAAAACUAUACCAAUAAAUCACAAGAAAUUAAGUCCGACUCAAAUCUCUCAGACGGUCUAAUUCACGUUGAUAAAGAAGAAAAUUGUUGUCCUGUUAGAGAUGAGAUAGUUACUGAAGGGGAUGCAGAAUCUGCAAAAGAGAUUGCUAUUGUAGAAUCUUCCUCACAAUCAGUUGGCCUCAGUGCAGAAAGUGCUGACCAAAGCCAUGAUAUCUCAGAAAGUUCUGAUUGUGCAGAAUUUUCUCAAUGUUUGGAGCAGGAUGUAACAGAACAAAACCAAUCACCAUCUCCCUCUCACUCUUCGCUCACUGGGAACACCAAGGAGCAAGAAAUUACCACAGAUGCAUCCGGGCGGCCAAGUCCGGUGUCUGUUCUGGAUGCACUAUUCUUAGAGGAUGACGCCUGCUCUGGAAACUCCAGAUGUCAACCUGCUGAAGUACCAGUACAACCACUGCAUGUUCAAUUCGAAGAACAAGAUUCUUCUCUUGUGAAUCAAAUCAAAAGAGAAAAAUAUUGUAUCGAAGAAAACGGAUUGAUAUAUGAUUACAUCAAUGCAGUUCUGCAAGCCUCUGGAUUGACAAGAGAUCAAUUGUUGAUGAAAUGCCUUUCCUCAGACAAGAUGCUAGACCCUUCCUUGUUUGAUCAGGUAGAGUUAUCACCAAACCGGCUAUGCCAUGAUCAGAAACUCCUAUACGAAUGUAUCAAUGAAAUUCUCACAGGAGUUUGUUGCGAUUACUUCGGCGCCUCACCUUUUGUAUCAUUUGUAAGUCCUAGCAUAAAGCCAACUCCAAAUAUGAAAACGGUUAUUCUCAUGGUCUCGGAAGGAGUGUGUUGGUAUUUACUUCCCAUGCCCCCGCCGCACACGUUGGAAAAAAUUGUUAGGAAAGACAUGGAAAAAUGUGGAUCAUGGAUGGACCUUCGAUUUGAAGCCGAAACCGUUGGUUUUGAACUAGGCGAUGCCAUUCUAUCAGAUCUGAUGGAAGAUACAAUACUUGGCUGUGUAAGUAAGAGUCCAGAAGGGAGAAGUUAUGAGCAUAAUGACAACAAGACUAGUGCGGAUGUGUAAGAGAAAACCCAUUACUUUUUGUUCAUACCACCUGCUAAACUAUACUAGGAACUUUCGAAUACUAAACAGUUUCAUGGUGAAUGAUAAGACUAAAAUAAGGGAUUACAUGUCAGAAGAAGUAAAUAGAAAGAUAGUUUGGAACUGCUUCUUCUUACUCAAGUAUAAAAGAUGCUUCUCUUGUUUGAAAUAACAAAGUAACAGUUUCAUUUUGUGUGUGCUUUCACUUCAGUUAGUAAGAGUUUAGGUAUUGUAGAUUUUGUAUAAUUUGAUAUGUUGAUUAUAUUAGCUGGUGUGUCAUGGUUUUGUUUGAUAUCAUCAUCAUUACUUAUUUGUAUAUCUUUUUUCUACUGAUAAUCUAUUGUAUGUACAACAAGUUUGGAAAUGAUUGGGAACUCAGAUUUUUGGAGUUUCAAAAGGAAUAAAACAAAAGAGAUAUGAAACUGUGACAUUAGUACA